AAGUAAUGUAAGAGGAUGUUUAAAGUGUUUUGGUUUUAGUAUUUUUGUAAUUUCAGCUAACAUUCCUAUUGUAAUGGAUAAGUAUGUUAGAUUAGAAAAAAUUGGUGAAGGAACAUACGGUAUUGUUUAUAAAGCAAAACAUAAAGAAACAGGAAAGAUAGUUGCAUUAAAAAGAAUUAAGUUAGAUGCGGAAUCCGAAGGGAUUCCUUCUACUACAUUGAGGGAAAUCGGAUUAUUAAGAGAACUAAAACAUCCAAAUAUAGUUGCACUUUUAGAUAUUGUUUUCAGUGAAGAUAGUAAUUUAUUUAUGGCAUUUGAAUAUAUGCUAGAAGAUUUAAAAAAAUUUUUGGAUGGAAGGAGGAAAGAAUUACCGAAGACCAUUAUCAAAAGUUAUAUGCAUCAGUUACUGAGUGCCAUUUGUUAUUGCCAUUUACAUUUAAUAGUACAUCGAGAUUUAAAACCCCAGAAUCUUCUAUUGGCUGCAGAUGGUCAUAUAAAACUUGCUGAUUUUGGUUUGGCACGCUCAUUUGGUCUACCAUUGAGGAAUUAUACUCAUGAGGUUGUCACUCUGUGGUAUCGUGCACCAGAGAUACUGCUUGGAGCUAAAGUUUAUACAUCUUCAGUGGAUAUUUGGAGUCUAGCCUGUAUCUUUGUGGAACUACUAACAUUGAAACCUCUCUUUCCUGGCGAUUCGGAAAUUGAUCAACUUUUUCGAAUAUUCAGGACCAUUGGAACACCUAAUGAAGCCAUGUGGCCUGGUGUAACACAGCUUCCUGAUUAUAAUCCAAUGUUCCCUAAAUGGGAAUCUCAACCAGUUGAGGAUUUUGUUAGUGACGAUUUGGAUUUCUAUACAAAGGAUUUGCUUGGUAAAAUGAUUACCUAUGAUCCUGAGAAAAGAGUUAGUGCAAAAGUAGCUUUAAACCACAAGUAUUUUGAUAAUGUCAAAUUGGUUCCUCUUCCAGUAUGAUGAAAAAAAGUCAUGUCUUAUUUUAAAUUAUCUUUUUAUGUAUCUUUUUGAUUUUUACAAAUGUAUUAAAAGGAUAUAAGGAAUACAGAAUGAUAAAAUGAGGAU